AUGUCCUCGCCCAGCUCGGCGUUGAUCUUCUUGCAUGGCAGCGGGGACACUGGCGAGGGUGUUCAGGCUUGGUUGCAUGCUGUGAGCGACGGAGCUUUCGAGGCAAGUCUUGCGCGAGAUGGCAUCAUCUUGCAGUUUCCAACGGCCCCCAGGAUACCUUACAGCCUUAUAGGCGGAGCACCGCAGACGGUGUGGUUUGAUCGCGUGGCUAUGGCGUAUGAAGCGCCAGAGGAUGUGCCGGGCCUGAAGAGGUCAGUGGAGCUUGUAGACAAAGAAAUCGACAAGCUCGUGCACUCGGGCAUUCCGAUCUCGAAGAUAGGCGUCGGGGGCAUGUCCAUGGGCGGCUGCCUGGCAUUGCAUGUGGCUUAUGGCAUGGGGCGAUAUGCUGGCAGGCUUGGUAUGGCCGCUAGCUUGAGCACCUUCUUACCCAAAGAGAGCUGUCUGGAUGCGGAUGCGACUCGUCGCUUCACCGCUUCCUCGUCCCCGCCGCUUUUCAUGGCACACGGCCAAAACGAUGGCAUGAUCCGCCUGGAGUGGGCGCGUGCCACACACGGUCGUCUUCUUGCUGCAGGCAUUGCGGGCAAGGAGCUACUCGAGUUUCCGGGCGUCCAGCAUGAGUUGUGUCCUGAAGAGGUCGCGCUGCUGCGAAGCUUCGCGCUGCAGCACUUAGGGAAGGGGGCAUGA